UUAGAUUUGAUCUUUCAACUAAAUAGACUCAAUUACUUAUUAUAUCAUCACUAUUAUUCAUUCAUCAAGUAUUUUCCCCUUCGUUUUAUCAUAAAAAGUAAAAUUGUGCGUGUAUUUUUCUCAAAUAACAUGUAAGAGUGGGUCGACGCGCCCCGCCCCGUUCCCGCGCGGGUAUUACCCGACCCGACCCGUACUAGCGUGGGGCGGGGCAUGGGUAUUGAGUUACCCGCCCCGCCCCGCCCCGCCCCAUUGCCAUCACUAAACCCAGCCAACCAAAAGACGUUGUAGUCAUUGCACUAAUGAAGGACAUGAUGUUCGCACAUGUCCACAAAAAGAUCAUGGAGAUACAGGAGCUCAUGCGUCUACAAGCUGGGAAUAUUAAGCUGAGAAUAUUAGACUUUCAUAUGAUCAGCAACUUAGUGAUUAAUAGGUCAAGGUUACCAAGCUUGGUGAAAGAAGAAAUGCGAGAUUGUAAACUCAGUUACUUUCUAUUAAUAUUUCCUUGGUGCCACAUCACGUCUACGGAGCAGUUAGUAUCCCAUAAGUUAUUGAUUCAGCAGCAGCUGGGGAAAGUGUCGCCGAUACUCAAGGUGUUUGCUGACUAUGUGGAUGGUGUGGUGGGGACGAACUAUCCGGUUGAGUAUGGUUUAUGGACUGUGGGUGGAGAGGUUGAGUGGUGGCGACGGGAAUGAUAAAGGGAAGAUGACGGUUGAAGAAGAAGAAGAAUAUGAGAUUGUUGAAAGGCGGGUGAUUGAAGAUGUGGGUGUUGCAGAGUCUUCUUCGAGGAACUGAUGUGUAGCCAUUUUGUUGAAUUCCUCUUUUCUUUUUUUUUCUUUUUUUGUGGUGUUAAUGCACCUAAUUUGAGUCUUUUGUUGAAGUAGGUGGUGGAAGCCAUGUCUUAAAAUUUGUGGGGGAAGAAAAGGAAAGAUGUAAAUAGGAUUUAGGGGUUGGUGGGUGAAUGUUUUAUUCCUAUCAUAUUCAAGUAGAUCGAAUAAAUAUUUGAAUCAAAU